AUGAACUCCUCCCCUCUGAAGAUAGUGACAAAAUUCAUCCGUAUUGGUAUCGCUGACAAGAAUGACAAUCCUCCGUAUUUCGACAAGGCCCUCUAUGAAGCUGAAGUCGACGAAAAUGAAGACAUACAACACACCGUUCUCACUGUCACCGCCAAAGAUCAUGAUGAAUCCUCCCGUAUUCGAUACGAGAUCACAAGCGGUAACAUAGGAGGCGCUUUCGCAGUGAAAAAUAUGACAGGCGCUAUUUAUGUGGCAGGAGCAUUGGAUUACGAGACCAGGAAGAGGUACGAACUGCGUCUAGCAGCGUCAGACAAUCUCAAAGAGAAUUACACUACGGUGGUGAUCCACGUUAAAGACGUCAACGAUAAUCCCCCCGUAUUCGAGCGACCGACUUACAGGACCCAAAUCACGGAAGAAGACGACAGGAACCUGCCGAAAAGCGUUCUGAGGGCGAGUGUCUUAAGGGCAUGA